ACCUAGCCUGUCUUGCCUGUGGGAGAGAGAGAGAGAGAGGAGGGGGGGCAAAGUGAGCGGGUGUGUUAUCUAUCUGAGACUCGGAGGGGAGCGAUCGAGGAGGCUUUUGCAAGGUGGCGCCCUCAAGUUCUGGCUGCAGACUUCCCCAUCUUAAGCCAGUCUGAGUCGAUCCAUGGGGGACUGGCAGCCAAAAGGUUAAAGCAAAGAGCGGGCAGUCCGAAAUGUCCAAUUGACUCCCUAUAUAUCCCGUGCAAGCCCUUGCUUCCAGGCGUCAUCUCCGUGUUCAGCGUGUACAUCUGAUACGACUGACGGAGGGAUUCCAACGUUGGGUUCGUGUAUUCAUUUCAUAAAAUUGCAAGGGUUUGGGAGGAAGGGCACAUCAGACUUUAAAAAUUUUCUAGAGUAAAAGUUAUCAUACAGAAGUAAACAUGCCUUCUGAAAUGGGAAAAACAGACAUGGAGAGGAUUGGCCUCUUUAGCGAAAUGGAAUAUAUUAGUAUUGGAGAUAAAUACGUCUCGCCAUUUAACCGCCCUUUUAAUGAAGCUGCAAGCAAGAAUAAACAAAUGCUACCAGGAGGCAUUAAAGAGAAAGGAGCCACCCAAGCAGGAUAUUUUGAUCCUCAGUUUUCAAGAGUUUUUGAAGGGGAAAGUUAUUCAAAUCCUGUUCAGUUAAGGAGAAGAUACCGAUUGGCUGAGGCAAAAAAAAAUCUAGGAGCCAGACCCUUUCUUCCCAGUAAUGGAGAUAAAUUUCCGUGUGGCAUAGGAACCUACUACGGAACAAUUGGUGGCCCAUGUCCCUUCUUCAGUGCACAAUUGAAAGAUAAGAUUGCAUAUGUACAACCAGGGAAAAAUCUCUAUACCAGUCCAGGGAAGAAAGGAACUGGCUAUGGGUAUCCAAAUCUCACCAUAGGUAAACCAUACACACAUUCAGUUGAAUUGUAUGACAUAGGAAGAAUAAAUUUUAAGAAACUAUCUGAAGAACAUCGCAAUCUGAUGAAAGGUGGACCAUUCAAGCUAAAUCUUUAUCCCCGAGAAUAUUUCGAUACAAAUCCUUACCAUGAUGAAGGGCCGGUUCCUCCACCAAAAAGGCAACCUGCAAAAGUACCCAUUCCACACCCUUUCAAGCCAAGUUCUCCAGCAAAAAAGCCAGGAGGCAUGAAAGCAGGCACAUUUGAUCCAUUUCCAACUCAUUCUACAGAUCCAUAUGGUGUUAGAAUGCCUAGGGCUUCCACAACUAAUAAACAAGGACAAGUAUUUCACCCCAGUCCUGGUUCUAAGAGCAGACCAGUAAGAAGUAUUAUGGCCUUAAACAUUGAAAAAUCAUUAAAUGUAACUAAUUACACAAAUCCCCGUGUGAUAUCAUAUUAGCUGCACAAAAGCAAAGUGAAGGAAUGAACUUUCUGGACUGCAAACAGUAACAGCUCAAGUAAAUAAAAGUUUUGUGGCUGAGGGAAAUGUGUCAGAUAUAGCUAUCUGCCUUCGUUUUAUAAGAACUAAUUGAUAGUAUAGUUAUUGAUGUAUAUAUAAAAUGAAAUUUAAAUUUUGAUAUGUUAUGCUAUCGGAUAGUAUUUUUUCUGGUGAGGGUUUUUUUAGCCAUGAAAAGAACUAAUACUAUUAUUUAUAAUUGUCCUGUGUCUUUUUUUAUCUGAACAUAGUCAUUAAAUAAUUGCUCUAUUAAAACAAACUUCUCUGAAUUGUAAUUGCUCUCAAAUGAAAAUGACUAAUAACCUGGGCAACUCUACAUUGAAAUAAAUAUUUUUCAGUCAUUUAAAAUGAAAGCUGAGAAUUUUAUUUCUUAGUAUCACUGUCUGGAAUGAGACAUGCUAGCCUCCUUUUCCAAUUUAGAGUUUUUAAAGCCUUACAGUGGGUGAAAAGUCCCAAGUUUUCUUUUUGCUGUCUCCCAAUAGUGUGCAGUAAAAGUCAUCCAGUGAGUUAUUGAAUCCUAGUUUGUGAUGGAAAUGAAAAAACUAAAAAAUCAAUUUUAGUCAUGUAUGUAUUUUAUCUCUAGAUAACAAAUAAGAGUUAUCUGUCUGCAAAUACCAGUCCUGGGAAGCAUAAAGGAGAGAAUGCUCCCUUUCUUUCAUACUAAUGAGCAUUUUGCUGACUACUGGUUGUUUGCUA